CCCGUUUAAAAGCUUUUAACUAAAUUCCUGCCUGUCAGAUGUAGGCCCCAUUUUGAGCGUGGAGCUGCCUCGAGCGAGCGAGUGAACGAGUGCACUGCCUCUCGCCCAUGGUGCGCUGGCCAGGCCUGAGGCCCUGCCUGAGUGCCAUCCUUAACCCUGCAGGUGCCUCCAGCAUGGCAGCAGCCGAAGUGCCCGGCUACCUUGUGUCUCCUCAGACAGAGAAGCAUCGGCGGGCCCGCAACUGGACAGAUGCGGAGAUGCGUGGCCUCAUGCUGGUCUGGGAGGAGUUCUUCGAUGAGCUCAAGCAGACCAAGCGCAAUGCCAAGGUGUACGAGAAGAUGGCCAGCAAGCUCUUCGAGAUGACUGGGGAGCGCCGGCUAGGCGAGGAGAUCAAGAUCAAAAUCACCAACAUGACCUUCCAGUACAGGAAAUUAAAAUGCAUGACAGAUAGCGAGUCCGUCCCGCCGGACUGGCCCUAUUACCUAGCCAUUGAUAGGAUUCUGGCCAAGGUCCCUGAGUCCUGUGAGGGCAAAGUGCCGGAUGGCCAGCAGCCGGGGCCCUCCACGUCCCAGACCGAGGCGUCCAUGUCACCGUCCGCUAAGUCCACCCCUCUGUACUUACCGUAUACCCAGUGCUCCUAUGAAGGCCGCUUCGAGGAUGAUCGCUCCGACAGCUCCUCCAGCUUACUGUCCCUUAAGUUCAGGCCAGAGGAACGUCCUGUGAAGAAACGCAAGGUGCGGAGUUGUCACCUACAGAAAAAGAAGCUGCGGCUGCUGGAGGCCAUGCUGGAAGAACAGCGCCGGCUGAGCCGUGCCAUGGAGGAGACAUGCCGAGAGGUGCGCCGUGUGCUGGACCAGCAGAACAUCCUGCAGGUUCAGAGUCUGCAGCUUCAGGAGCGCAUGAUGAGCCUACUGGAGAAGAUCAUCGCCAAGUCCAAUGUCUAGGCCAUAGCCAGGAUGCCAGGUGCCACAUAGUCCCAUCUGGAGGCUCAGGGCCCCGCCCACCCAAGCUCAGGGCCCCGCCCACCCAGGCUCAGGGCCCCACCCAGGCUCAGGGCCCCGCCCAUCCAGGCAGGGUUCCAGAAAGGGGACAGGUUUCAACCUGGCCUCUGUGCUUCUCUGAAGGGCUUUCCAGGACUCCAGUGGCCCUGGGAGACCUUGGAACCCCCAUGUCCAGCAUUAAUGCCAGGGACUCCAGGGCAACUCCUAGUGAGAAGAUCCCAGAAUCUACUACUCUCCAGUAAAGUCACUACCAUGAUACUUGAAACGGCUUUUGAUAUUAAACAUACUUUCCAUUGUUGCCUGGAA